UAUCACUUAGUGUUCGAUAUUUGUUCAGUUUGUUGCCACGAUUCACUGAGAUUCAGUCCUUUUGUCGUUCUGAUUUGUAAGAGACAGAAAAAUAUUUGCUCAAAGAAGUACAAGAAAUUACUUAUUAAAGAGAAUUAUAUAAAUGAAUAUGGGAAGUACUGCAGCAGUGGGAGGUGAUAAGAAGUUUACAUGUAAAAAUGUAAGAGAGUAUGUAAAAGAGCAAAGGGGUAGGCUAUUCAUAAUUCGAAGAUGUAUUGUUAUGCUUCUCUGUUGGCAUGACUAGAAGCAAGUUCAUUUUGAUUUUGUAUAUAUCAACAGCCAAUUGGGAAAUUUUGUUACUUCUCAAAGGCUAUAUAUAUAGUACUUGGGAAAUUUUACUACUUCUCAAAGGGUGUAUAUAUAGCACUCCAUGUUAAUUAGAGACUGCUUAUGUCGUGAGUUUUCUCAUCUUAUAACUUGGUGAGGCCUUUGCUUCUCCUUUAAUUUUUUCCUUUCUUCUACCUUCUCACAUAUAUAGUUAAUACUAGGAGAGUAAAGAUGAUACAACUAAACUGUACAGAUUUGGGUGCAAGUGUUAAGCAGUCACUUCCUAUUUUGAGAAAAAAUCCGAGCAGAUAAGCAAGACAAAGCCAGUCAAUAUGAAAAAGAAGCUCUUCAUGGCCACAGACCUGAAUGGUUGGAGUGCGUAGGAUCACACCUGCACGAGCUUUGAAAGAAAGAGAGAUCGAGUUACUAAUGCUGAGAAUUAGAUCCAAGAGUCAUAGAGACUACGAAAGUUCUUCCCACGGGGCAACCUGACCUUAAUUUGCGGUCAGGAUAUUAUCAAGUGCGUAUUGGUAAGGGUAAACAUAUUUCUCGGAAAGAUUAAAGAAAGAGCAAUCAAUUGUUUAAAAUGUCAAUACUUUAUUUAAAUUUGUAAUCUGACUGUGAAAAAGCUGACCAAGGUCCGCUCAAGGUUAUUUUCUUCUUGAUCCACUCAAUAUCAGCUCCUAUUUUUUUUUGCUAAUAGGGUAAGAUUAUUCGAGGCAUCCGAUUCAAUUCCUCAUCCACUCUCUCUUUCACAGCUUAGGA